ACCCACGACUACGAGAGGACUUGCCCACUUCAUCCCCCGAUCCAACAACGACCUCCUCGCCGGCCGGAGCGCUGCCGCCCGCCGCCGCGUCAUGGACCCAGAAGCGGUGCGGCGGACACUCGAGCCCACCGCGUCCCCCGAGGACAUAUCGGGAUCGACCCCUUACGACUCCUUCGUCAUCAGCGGCGUCCGCCUCGACGCCGCCGAGCACGGCCGCGUCCUCUGCUCCUUCCUAGUCACCCCACGCCACGCCAGCCCCCAAGGGUAUCUCCUCAGCGGCGUCACGGCAACGCUCGCCGACCAGAUGGGGUCGGCUGUGAUCUACUCCAUCGGGGUAGGCUUGGGCGGGGAAGACUUCAGCGGUGUAGGCUUGAGCGGGGUCUCCCUCGAGAUCAGCGUGUCCUACGUUGACACGGCCACCGUCGGGGUCAGACUGCGUUACCAGUUUGCUGAGGCGUUGGGAGCAAUUGACCGUGCGUCCACCUGGGUUUAUGUUAAAGCAUACAUCAUGCUCGUGGUAGGGAGGAAUUGGAACAGGUGA